AUGGGAAGUAGAGAAUGGGAGUACGAGGCACUUCCAGAAGUGAAUACAAACGUGGUUUUGACACCUUCUUCGUCGCCACCAAAUACUUUGAGAACACAAUCUACACCGAGAGUUUAUUUUCAAGCAGAAAAUCUGGCCUCUAUUAGGAGGAGAAGCAGCGCGAGGCAGUUUGCUGAAUCGUCUUACAGAAGGAGGAGCAGGAGUAUGAGUGCUUGGAGUGACCUUUCGAGAGCUUCAUUCAAAUUCGAGGAAAGGUGGUUUAUAUAUGGUUUGGAUAUUGGGUUUGCUGAGAAUUUUUCCUACUUGUUCUGUGACACCUUGGAUGUAGGGUAG